AUGAGCAAAAAGUUUUUUACUGAUAUAGUUGAAGAUUAUAAACAGCUUUAUGAAUCUAGAGAUAAUUAUGAUGUGAUUAUUUAUGCUGGUGAAGAGCCAAAUUCUGAAGAAAUCUAUGCACAUUCCUUAGUACUUCGUACUAGGUCUGCUUAUUUUCGUGGAGCUCUUUCUUCUGAUAUUCAAGAUAAAGAAGGAGAAACAAUCUUGGAGCUUUUGGUUGCUUCAGAUGAAUUUGGUCUUACUAGACUUAUUGACCAUGUUCAACAAUAUUUUGUUGAAAAUCAUCAAGGCUUUUUACAACAAAAUCCUGCAAGAAUGCUUCAUAUUGUUGCUCGUCAUGAAGUCCUUAAUGAGAUUAGAAAACGUUCUUUAAGAAUCAUUGGAUCAAAACCUGACAUUAUACAACUUAAAGAUGAUGUGACUGAAUUCAAUCAGGAUGAUUUUAAACUAUUGGAGAAAACAUUACAAAGAUGUAUUCAAUAUAUUCGAUUUCAUGAAAUUAGCAUGCCAGAUUUUUAUCAUAAAGUAUUGCCAUAUAUGUCUAUCCUUCCAAAUAGCUUAUUCAAUGACAUUUUACGCUGUUAUAUGGUUCCAGGAGCAGCGCCUCUUUAUAAUUCGAAGGAAAUAUUAGAACAAGAAAAAAUAAUGAAAAGGAUGGCACAAUGGUCUAGAUCUACCGCAAUGCGCGCAUCAAAUAAUGGACAAAUCACAUCAGGUUUUGUGUUUCGAACACUUCAAAAAUAUGGAAAUGCCUUUGAAAUGAAUGUUGUCGGCGUUAUCGUGAAUUACGAAUAA